CGUCUUCCGGUGUCAUGGCGUCGAAAGCAAAAUCUCAGAGAUUUGAGUCUGAAAUUGAAAAGUUCAGGGGCGAAGCAAACUGGAAAAAGGCAAAGGAAUUAGCUAGACAGUUGUCUCAAAAGACACCGGAUUUAGGAGAUUUUGUUAAUUUAGUACUAGCAGAAAGUACACUAGAAGAAUAUGCAGAAGAGCAUCCCCCAAUAGAGAGAAAUAUUACUAAGGCUAAAAGCAGUUUAACAGAGGUGGAAGAUCAACUUGCUAAACUUUCACAAAGAAAGUCAAAGAUUGGCCAGCAAGCUCAGCUUCUACUGUCCAAAUUAAACUUCUGUCGAGGCAACUACCAAACAGCAUAUGAACUCCUGGAUAAGGCUGGUCUGGACUCGGUUACAUACCAUUCCUGUCCAAACAGACUCAUUCAUAUGUAUGCAGAAUCAUUUGCUAUCAGAGGAAUGUGCUUGGAAAAGAUGGCUCCAUCAACGACCAGUAAGUACAAGGCUGUCGAAAGAGAAGACAAAAUCAUUUCUUGUUUUGAGAAGGCUGGUGAUCUGGCUUUGAUUUACCUACAAGAGAGGGAUCGUUGUCAGGGCGGCAUGAACCCAGGGGGAAGUCAGGGACAGCUGUCUCCAGAUGAAACAGUCUGUUGUCUACUGGAACAAGCUAUUCAGGAAUCUCCGAUUAUGUAUAUCAAAAGAGGGCAAUUAGACAAAGGAAUUCAAAGAUUCAGGGAGCUUCUGAGGGCAGUUGAAUCCAGAUUUACACAGGAUAUCAGACUCACACUGGCUCGCCAACUAGCCGAGGUAUUGAUGAGAGGUGUUUGUGAGAAAUCCUACAUCCCACUGGAUGUCAGAUCACCAAAGCCUAAUGGUCCAAAGCCAAAGAUUUACCCUGGUGAUAGAUCAUUUGUUCCGGAGGAUCAGAAUGAGGAAGCAUUACUGCUACUACUGAUUGCUGAGGCUGUUGCAACAAGAGAAGCUGUACUGGAGAGAUCAGAGGAGUUGUCCGAGACAAGACUUCACGCCUUCCACAACACUACAGCAGUGUAUGACAUGCUGGCUCUGGCCCUGGUCAAGAGGGCCCAGUUCACAACACUGGCAGAUUCCUUUGAGAGGGCAAUGAGGUUUUCCUUUGAGGAGUUUCAUAUCUGGCACCAGUUUGCUAACUCACUUAUAUGUGCAGGCAAGUAUUCCCGAGCUGUAUUAGUCCUGCGAGAGUGUACGAGACUCCAACCUGACAACCCCACUGUGUCCUUACAGGCUGCCAAGCUGUGUUUUGAGUAUCUUCAUCAGUAUGAUGAGGGUAUCCAGUGGUCAAAGCAUGCAUUAGAGGUGGGCCAGGACCACCCGAUGCUGUCCCGAGCCUACACGUCACUGGGCAUCGGCUACAGCAUGAAGGCUCAUGAGGUCAAGCUACAGGGCGAGAGACAGAUACUACACAGAAACGCACUGGCAGCAUUCCAGAAAGCCCACACAGCCGACCCGUACGACUACCUGGCUCUCUUCCACCUGGCACUGCAGCUGGCUAUUCUCAGACAUAUUCCCGAAGCCUUGAACUAUGUGAAACUUGCCCUGAAGUAUCGCAGUGAUCACAUUCACUCACUCCACCUGCUGGUGCUGCUAUUGACGGCACAGAAACAGCUGGACGAAGCGAUGAUUCUCAUACAUGCAGCUCUAGAGGAGUACCCUGAUAACCUCAGUUUGCUGCUGACCAAGUCGAAGCUGGAGGAGGUGAUGUAUGGUCCGGAGGAAGCCCUGGUCACGUGUAAACUGAUGCUGAAACUCUGGAAGGACAUCCAUGAAAUCGACAGUGAAGAAGGGUCAGAGAGAAGAGGCACUGCGACUGACCGGAACGCAUUCGACCGGAGAAGUGUGGCCCAGAUGACCAUCAAUGAGUUCAGUGAGCGUGGAUCAGUGCGAGGAUCAAUCAGAGCUGAGUCGGUGGCAGCGUCUCGGGUGGAGCGGGCAUUGUCCGAGGUGGCGUCGUCCAUGAACAGCAGCUUUCAGCCUCGGCCGGGCUCCCAGCAGUCCUGGAUGCUGCAGGCCCAGAUAUGGCUCCAUCUUGCGGAGUUGUACCUUAGUCUGGAGAAGGUGACUGAAGCUGAGGCGUGUGUACAGGAAACAUCCACCAUCUUCCCCCUCUCACAUCAGGUCUACUUUAUAAAAGGGAGAGUGUAUGAACACAAGCAGAGGAACAAUGAUGCCAAAGUUUGUUUUGAGAACGCAGUCUCUAUCAACCCAGGUCACACAAAGUCCCUGCAACACUUGGGCAUGGUGCUACAUUACUUGAACGAGAACAAACUUGGUGAGAAGGUGUUGAGAGAUGCUGUGAACAACGACCCCACAUCGCAUAAAUCAUGGCAUUCUCUGGGAAUGGUGCUAGAAGCCCUGGGCCAGCCUGAAGCAGCCAGUGACUGCCACAACACAGGAAUGGAGCUAGAAGCCACCAGUCCCGUCGUCCCCUUCACCGUAAUUCCGCGACUCAUGCAGUGACACCUUCCCAGGAAACAAUCUCUGUAUUAGGACCGUCACAAAUCAUAGUCCUAUGAUUAUAAUAUGAUGAAGGUUGUUUUGUGGACUUGGACCCUGAUGUGGAUGGGUGACGAGGUGCUCCAUCCACUUCACUGGUGUCUCUAACAGGCUGUCUACACAGAGACUGUCAAUACUCAGCAUGGCUUGGAGAAGAAUAAAUGGCAUUACAUAUGAUGUAAAUUACUUAGCCAUAAUAAUCUUGUUGAUUUAGUUUUGUUCGUUCACACACAUUUGUUUUUGAAUGUCACAGUAUAUUACAAGACUGUUUAGGGUCCCCAAGUUUGAUCGCAAUGUUAAGGGUAAGAGAUCAGAUUUGCAUAUAUUUUUCCUUUUGCAUAUUUUGAUAGCUAAUGUUUUUUCUACCCAUUUUUUUAUAACCAAUUUAAUGCUUUAUAACACUUCUUUGUUCAUUGAAUGUGCGUGAUGUCAUGGUAUUGUGUGCACACAGGUUAUCAAAAGCUCUGUACAGGAGUAUGAUGUUCUCCACUGCAGGCAUAAUGAAUGUACAUUGUACCAGGUGCUGCGAAAGAAGCCCUUUAAAUUCUCCUAUUUAACUCCUCAUAUCUUUUAACUGGAAAGACUAACAGUUAUACUGUUUUGGGCUUGUCUUUUAGAUCCCCAAAUUUGGGACUCUGAUUUUUUCACAGAUAUUAUGUUCCAUUAAUGUUCUUUUCAGAUGGCAUUAAGUAUUAUGUACAUGUAUGUUUGAGAAUUCACAAUUCAUUUACUACAUUAUAGCUUCAAAAGUAUUUUAGUCAUUUCAUACAAUACAAUAAGUAUAUAUUAGUCUAUCAAAUAUAUUUUGAAUGUGUUAUGAAUAAGAUGUAUGAAAUAAUCCUGAAAUGUUCAUGUAAGUAGUACGCAGUGUCCUGGGCAUAUUCAAGAUUUAGAUUUAUGUAUAAUAUCAGUGUAACCGUUGCAGUUGGGCCUUGCUCUUGCUGCUUGGGUUUACAAUGUAUUAUAGUUGACGGAAUAUCUAGUCAUUGGGAAUGUGCACGGUAGUUGUACAUGUAUAAAGGGAAUCAAGGGAUGAAUCGUUAAGGUAGUUGUACAUAGUGGUAUGUUACUUGGAGAAAAGAGGAUAAUGAUCUUUUGUGUUGGGACAAUACCUUAGUAUUUGAGGUCAAUGCACUUUGUGUAAGAUUGUAUGGCAUAAUACCGAACUGAGGCAUUAUAUUUCAGGGAGUGACAAUUCUGUGUGUAAUAUCAUGAUCACCUUUCUUAUGUAUGGUACAUUCUUUUAACAACUUUCAAAUUACGACAGUUUCAGAUAAUCACUUUGCUCAAAAAGCCUGUUCGAUGUAUUUCUUUGUUUUUGUCUGCUCACAUGUACAGGAAUUAAAGAUUAAUCCUUUUUAACCAAUAAUCCACUCUCAGAAAUUAAGUAUAGCCUUUUUUUACUAGAUGUAUUCAUUUCCCACUUCCUACCCAAACACCACCAUGUUGUGUGAAAGUUGUUAUGUUAAGUCUGUAUUUGGUGUUUCUUUGGCAUUCUACUUUGCAUAUGUUACAAAUGCAUAAAAAUGACAGUUCAUGUUGCCUUUACUGAUUAGAGAGCAGUGUAUUAAGCUUUAAGAUAACUUUAAAUAUUAUCAUGUCAAACUUCUAGAUAUGCCUCUUUUAGUCAUGUUUAUCUCCUUUGAAAUCCUGAAAUAUUAUAAUUUAUUGAUUUCAAUUUAGAAAUCCAGGUAGGUCAUCCUUAGUUCUUGGGAGUAUCAUUUCUGCAUCUUAUUCUGACACAUUGUAUAUUCCCAUGUACAUGAUGUAAAUGACCCAUUCACCACCAUGGCUUCGGAAGUUGCCCCAUCUUACAUCACUAACUCUGUCACAGAACUUUUCUCGCUCAUGAAUUUGGAAUCAUCAUCCAACAGAAUGUUCCUUCUCAACUCAAAUUAGGCAUAGAUCUACAUUCAAUAUCUGGGCCUUGUGUGUGCGAGCCAUAGAAAUAUUUACUUGAAUCUGAAGAUGGUUAAAAUUAGUAUUAAGACGGGGGAAGGUCAUUAUGCUACCAGCCAUUCCCUGCUGUAUUUGAGACAUCACAUAACAACAUGAGCCGUGUUCUGGUGAUGUAACAGCCGAUUCAAUCAUGAAAGAACGCAGUUCGAGUUGCAUGAUUGGAUAUAUGUUAGCGUCCUUGACACUUAUCUUGUAAUGUAUAUGGUGGCUUAUGGGUACAGGGAUAUCAUCACAAGAGAAGGGAGGUGUAAUACAUGAGAUAAUUGAAGAUGGAGCAAGGUGGUGUAAUUAGAGAUUUGCUCGGUGUAUACCAGGGUGAAAGUUGAACAUCAUUAUUAUUAAACAUUUUGGAUUUUUCAUUACUUAGUUUAAGCAAGUCUUAUUCAAGCGGGCUAGUAAAACUGGGACUGCUGGAAGUGAGUCCAUGAGUGGUGGUGUUUAGUUUUAGUUCACGUUUUGUUCCUAGAAUGUGCCGCAAUUUUAGUAUUUGAUGUGAUGUAAUCACUCACGAUGUAUGUAUAACACUAUAAUGGAUUUCUUUUAUUGCUAUGUGGAAUAUAUUAGUAGUCUUUCUUGCACUGUGAUAACAUCAUGUAUAUACCUUGUUAUUUAUUUGUAUAUUUGUAUUGUUUAAUUUGUACAUAUCUUCAUCUGUAAAUUAGAAGCUUGUGAUAUGAGACAGUGUGUAUGGUUUGGCAGGAGUAUUUAUACCAAUAUGAAAACACUACCUGUUGAAAUAAAGUUUCAACCUUUGUA